AUGGAACAAUUAGGGAAGCACGGCGGAUGGGGGCGAGGCUUAAUACAGCAGGGAACAUGUGGUAGAAAAAUAUCUUCGGAUUUGCAAAUAAGGGAACUUAAGUUAAAUGCAGAAGUCAAGAAAUGGUUAGGGCAAAAUAGCAAACUAAAAGAGGCAAUACAGAAAAUAAAAGGAAAUACACUGUGCACGACGCCCUGGAAGGACGCAUGGAAACUAGACGACAUCCUGGGGAAUGGCAAUACAGAGGAUAAGGAACGGUCGCAGAUUGUUGAGAUAGUGCACGGACUGCAAGACACAAUGAAGGAAAUAUUUAAGGACAUAGGAAAACAGGCAGAGCAAACCAUACAAAAAAGGGAGCAGGCGAAGAAGGCGAACUUAGGUAAGGCAGGGCACCUUGGGGCAGAAGGAAACAAAUUAGAACGACGCAGGAGGGAUGAGCACACACACGACAACUACAGACCGUUUCGAACGAACGAUGGCAAAAAUGGGCACGCCGCCACCACGGCGGCGAACACACCACCAGGGGAACCGCCAGCGGAGGAAGCCAAUAAGAAAAAAGGGGUCGCUAAGGCCUCAACAUCAGGGGGUGAUAAGGACAAAAUUAAAGACAAGGGGAAACAAUCAGGAAAUCAAGCUACAAUUACAGGGACCGAAGCACCAGCCCCACCAGCGGAAAAAACGCCAUCAAGGGCAGCGGACGGAUCGGAUAAAGCAGGAGCUGCGGGUCCCACAACACAAGUAACGGGGACUGUUAGGUCUGAAACAGGACCAGCAGGACCCGUACCACAACCCCCACCUGCGGCACCACCAAAAGCUACCGGUGCAGAGGACAAAGGUACCAAAUCACCACCACCCCCAGAACCGGCACGUCCUGCUGCAGGAGAAGGGGAACCAUCGAAGGAUUCGAAAGAAACAGGUAAGUGCUCCAAGGGGACAGAGACUUAUACAGUCAAAAACGCAGGCGCAGGUGUCCACGGAUCCACAUCAAGUACUUCUGUGUCUUUUGGAACGACAUCUGACAUUGACAGUACUUGUGGGAAGAAACCCGAAGACUCGGGACCACGUAGUCUCCUGAGUAACGAUGCUACUGAGAACUCUCCUAGACCCGCAGUAGCAGCACCAGCAGCACCGGCCCCACCAGCGCCUGCACAGGGAUCAUCAGGAUCAUCCACGUCCAGUGGAUCCGCCGGGGGACCAUCUGCUGGUAGUGCACAAGGUGCAGGAGGUGGUGGCAGUUCCCCCAGUUCAUCACCCAGUUCAAGUUCCAGUUCUGCUACUGGUGCGGCAGACGGUAACCAAACGAAUAGUGGCUCCCAGGGAGAUUUCUCGGGUCUCUCCCUGGAUGACCCUGGAAUCUUCACAGGUCGUAAUCCUGGUGCAGGAUUCGCACCACCAACCUUAACAGAAGAUAAAUCGCGUCCACCGCUUAACAGCAAAGAUGCCGAAAAAGGAGACUACGCAGUUCCUGACCUAACCGCCGACGUCCUUAUCGCCACUACUCCCGUGCUGUUUUUUCUCGCUUCCGUCAUCGUGGCCAUUCUUGGUUAUUCUCUUUGGAAGCGUACCAUCAUCGAGCUACAUCUAGCAGUGCUCAACGAAUGUGAAGCGCCAGAUUGGGAAAACGUCAAAGAGGACUAUUUGCAGAUACUCGUGCAGGAGUUUGCACAUGACUUGGAGCCGCAUGCAAACGAGUAUAGUAGUACCUCGGAUGCUCCUAGCACAAACGAGGGUUUAUCAGGGAACAAUGUUUCCUCCACCGUGGAUCCACCCACUGACUUCGACGGAAAAGAUCCAUGUCUACCGCCUGACCCCGAUCCUUGGAGUUGUAUGGAAACUACACAGUUAGCAACGGACCCUUGUGCACCUCAUGACUGCGAUCCAUGGAGUUGUAUGGAAAACAUACAGUUAGCAACGGACCCUUGUCCACCGACCGAAGACCCCCCAGAUCCAUGGAGUUGUAUGGAAACCAUACCGUUACAAACGGACCCUUGUCCACCUAAUGACUGCGCUUCAUGCAGUUGUAUGGAAUCCAUACAGUUAGAUGCACAACAGAAUGCUCAUUUCAACCCCGAGCACGCGACGUCCGACUGCACCCACUGGAUUAACUGGAUUGACCGCAACAAGUACUUUUUGCGCGAGUGCACGACGCAGCCGUGGUUUUUGCAAUUAAAAGCGGAUUGGAAACAACACGUGCGUGAUCACAUGGCGGCAAACGUGGAGCACGGGCACAGUGCACUCGGUGAAGCGGCAACCCCGCCGAUGCAGAAAUUGGAUCUGUGGAAACAGUGGAUAGCGCAACAACAUCGGCACAUGAGUACAUACAGUCAAGAAGAGUGGUUCAAGCAUUUGUUGCAUAAUGUAGAGGAGGAGACAGUACCGCAACACGGCCAAGCACCUAUAGUGCACAACGACUUAGAAGUGGAAAAAGUAAUGGCAGCACAACAGAUGCUACGAGUGCGAGCUGUACCACGCUCGCAACCACUGCAUCCGCAACCUUACAUGAAAAAACCGUUAACCGCUAAAAUAUGGAUACUGCUCCUGGCAUUAGUCAUAGAACACUGCGAGGUCGAACGCAGUUUGCAGGACAAGGAGUUAUAUGUGGAUGCCCUAUUGCAAAAGUGUUGA